AUGCACCUCAGCAGGCUGGCGACGGCUCUUAGGGAGAAGCCCCUGGGAGCUGGCUGGCGAAUUGCAAUGUCACCUCGCGCGGGGAUGAAUCCUCUGCAGACGACUGAAGUGACCAAGCGGGUCGUCGCCGGGCGGUUGGAGGGGGCAUCGGGAUGGGGCACAGGCGCCGAGCCUGGGUCCCUCCUCCUUCUCUUCACGAACACAACCCGCCAGUUUGCCGACAUACAUGGUGGUGGCAGCGUGACUGCGGUGCCGCGUGUCUCGUCGUCCUUGCCUCUUUUACUCCCGGGUCUGCCGUUCCACGCAGCGACGGAGGGGCGAGGCCAGUUGGCCGCGCAGGUGCCCGGCGCCCCGCGGUUGCGGGUGAGCGUUGGGGCUGGCGUCCAGGGCCGCGCAGGGGUGCGUGCUGGCAAAGGGGAUUUGCCAGUUGGCUGGGUGAAAUUGAAUCAUGAGAGGCGCCGCGGGAGAAAACGGGCAGGGGUGGGGCCCGGCGACGCGGAGGGAGGCGGCCGGGGUGCCAUUCCCGCGUGGGAGGGGGAAGGGUCGACGCUGGGGCGCCGGGGGUGCGAGGGUGGUGCUCGGGAGGCGGUGCCGGGGAGGGAAGGGGGUACGUCGGCAGGGCGUGCGGGACGCCGCACGGCUUCUAGCCGGUCAUCGACCGCCACUGCGCCCUUGCGUACGCGUCGACACACACGCAGGCCAAAUAUAUAUAUCCACACCUCACACGUCUCCCACCGUCAUGUUGGUGCACACACCCUCACUCGCACCGAUAUAUAUAACCCUACCCCCCCGGACACCCCAACGCAUCCGCAUACGGAUGUCCACAGCCCCAGCAGACAGACACACAGACGCCUGUAUGACGACGCAGGCACGUCUACACACCCCUGGGAUGACCGGGAGAGCGAUGACAUCGAUCUGGGUUGCACAUCCGGACGGCUGCCAAAGCCUCACGUUGCGCGGCGGGUCACGUGA